UCUCUUUGUCUACUUUUAGGACUUGUGAAAAUCUGAUAUAUAGAAAUACAGAAAAUUCUUGAGGGUUCACAAACUUUCAAGCAGCACUGUAAGGCUUCCUGUUGGGUUAAUGAAUGCUUUCAUCAUCAAACGUCACUCUCACUCUCUUUUACUCUUCUCUCUCUCCCUCCCUUCCAAAUAAAAGUGAAUUCACACAGAACACGUUGAACAAAGCUUCCUUGUUUUUCAAAGUUUGGUCAGCAGAGAAUGGCAGGCAGUGAUUUGUAUCUGGUUUACCAUGGUCUCCUACUGCCUAAGGCAUCUCAUUCAGAGGAAAGUCUUAAAUACCUUGAGAACUUCCAAGUCAAAGAUGACGAUGUCUUUGCUGUCACUUACCCAAAAUCCGGUACCACAUGGAUGCAGGAAAUUCUUCCUCUGCUCCUAAAUGGAGGAGACCUGAAGGCAGUGGAAAACGUCCCUAGUUGGGACAGGGCUCCAUGGCUGGAGGAAACACGAGCUCCAGUGGUCCUCGAUAAACUCCCUUCACCACGAGCCAUCGUCUCCCACAUGCAGUAUAAUUUGAUGCCACCCUCCUUUUUCAAAUCAAAGGCCAAGGUAAUCUACGUCACUCGGAAUCCUAAAGAUGCUUUUGUCUCCUCUUUCCACUUUCAUCAAAUGGCCAGUUUUCUUGAAGACCCUGGAACAUUUGAAGAAUUCACUGACAAAUUCCUGUCAGGAAAAGUUUUGUUCGGAAAGUGGACCGACCAUGUGAAAAGUUGGCGAAAUCCUGAGCUCGGUGACAGAAUUAUGUGCAUCACCUAUGAAGAAAUGCUUCAGGACCUCCAUGACGCCCUGAGCCGGAUUUUAAAAUUUCUUGGUCGGGAGCUCAGUGCAGAGGCUCUGGAUCGUGUGGUCCAUCAUUGCACUUUCAAAAAUAUGAAAACAAACAAAAUGUCAAACUACUCUAUGGUGCCAGAAGGUGUUAUGGACGAAAAGAAGUCACCCUUCCUCAGAAAAGGUGUUGCUGGAGACUGGAAGAAUCACUUUAGCCCUGAGCUUGACGCCAAGUUCACAGCUGUAAUUCAAGAGGAAAUGAAAGGAAGCAACAUCAGAUUUCCGUGGGAUAAGGAAUGACUGAAUCUCUUGUCAUGACAUCUCGGUGCACAUCAAAAUAAACAAUCAUAGAUGGAACGUGUCGAUUGAAGUUUAUUGCAGCAACGUCCUCUGCUGUCCUGAAGCUGUGUUGGAAUUUCACAAGAUAAGAUGUUCAAGUGUAAAACACUUGGAGCAGUUUUGGGUUUUUACAUAACAGUGAGGAUGCAACUUCCAGUAUUGAGGGAAGUUGCAAGCUCAGACGCAGUAAUAUGUAAUUAAUUUUUUUGUGUCAUGAAAUAAUGAAGGAUUGCUUAUCGCAGUGAAAUAUUAUUUGAAAAUAUGUUUUUCCAAAGUGAAAUAUUAUUUGUCUUUUUUUAUCUAAUCAGAGUAAACUUGCAUCUAUUUCGUCAUGGUUUUGCAUUAGAAAUAUUUCAGUAUAUCCAAAUAUAAAUAUGUAACCAAAAACCAUGUAUAUGAACACUUUAUGUUUAUAUGAAGUUUAAUGUAUAUAAAACAAAAACAGUUCAAUCAUACUUUUGAUUUACCAGUAUUUUUCUGUGUAAGGUUUCUUGACUUUCCUUUAAAAAAUAGUUUGAUGGUUUACUCACCUUAAGGCCAAACAAAAUGUAGAUGAGUUUGUUUUUUCAUCAGAACAGAUUUGAAAUUUAAAGUCCAAACAGCUGAUAAAAAACAUCACAACAAUCCACGGCAGAAAGCAAAAUUAUGGAAAGAGGAGCUAUAUUUUAACCAGAAGCAACAGUUUGAAGUUGUUUUUAUCAGCUGUUUGAACUCUCAUUCUGAUGGCACCCAUUCACUGCAGAAGAUCCAUUGAUGAGCAAGUGAUGUAAUGCUAAAUUUCUGCAAAUCUGUUCAGAUGAAGAAACAACUCUCUGAGGUUUCAACAAAUGUUAAUGUUUAGGUGAACAAUUCCAUUGGAGAGUGUCCUCUGGAGUUUAAGAAGAGAUUUCAACAAUGUCUCAAGGGAUUUACUAAGAUACUAAAGUUAAUAAUAAUAACAGUAACAACAAUAAUCUCAUCUAUGUUCAUUUUUAUUUUCCUUUAAGUUCUCUCACGUUCAAUUGUUUGAAUAUUUAACAAACAGAAAUGAACUAACGAGUCCGUGAACAGUGCAGGGCUCAGUAACAAAAGCAAUGAGGAUCUUUGUGUGUCUACCAGAUUUGCCAGUUUUUGCUGUCAGCUGAUCCGCUGUCCUUCCUGUCUCCCUGUAGCACUGUCUUAGGCCUCUUACAUUACGGGCAUUGCAGUUUAUUGCUGGUCUCAUUUGCAGUCCUGCAGCAGGACUAUAGCAUGUUAUGUGCAAUAGCACACAGGUUAUCAGGAGUCAGUAGAAAGGUCAGUUAAUGUCAGUUAUUGUAACUGAGAACUUUAUUGCUAACUGGCUAUAAACUAUUAUUGUCUUUGUGCAAUGAUUGUCUAUGAUUCAUUGACCUUACCAAGAUCUAUAAAGCUUUCUUUAUAAAUAAAUAUUUCUUAUGGCAACACUUUAGUUUGGGGACUAGUUCUCACUAUUAACAAACUAACAACUUUUUGAAGUCAAAACUUUACAUACACCUUGCAGAAUCUGCAAAAUGUUAAUUAUUUUA